AUGGAGGCCAGCGAGGACUGGCUCGUGGAGUCCUUACGCUUGUACCAGGAUUUUCACGCAUUCGACCUCUCAGGAGCCACUCGAGUCCUUGAAUGGCGUGGUGACAAAGGAGUUUUUGUUGCUGGCUAUGGAAGCCUGAAAAAAAAUGAGAUUCUUCAUCUGAUGUUACCUCUCAGACUUUCUGUGAAGGAAAACCAGGGCUUGUUCCCAGAAAGAGAUUUCAAGGUGCGCCAUGGAGGAUUUUCAGACAAACCUAUCUUUGAUCUAAAGCAUGUGCCAAAGACCAGGUUACUGGUGACCAGUGGGCUUCCAGCUUGUUCCUUGCAGGUGUGGCAGGUCGCAGAGGAAAGUGAUGUCAUUAAAGCUAUCAGCACCAUUGAUGUACCUGAGGAGGAGGGGAGUUUCUGGCCGAGGGUGGCUGUUUUCUCCUUGAUGACCCCUGGAGUCCUCCAUGGGACAAGGCUCAGAAGUCUGAGGAUUACUGAUCUGGAGUCCCAGAAGACCACAUACACCUCAGGUGUUGGUGACAGUGAGGUGCUGAGUAGCUUGCAGGUCCUCAGCGCAGACACCUUUGCCUUCUGCUGCACCUCAGGCCGCCUGGGGCUUGUUGACAUUCGCCAGAAGUGGGCACCAUCUGAGAAGCUCAGCCCCAGCGCUGGGUCGGGUGGAGGGAGGUGGUGUGCUGAAGUCAAGGGCGGGGGCCAGAACCCUGGGCCCAGCAUUGCCAGCCUUAGCUCAAAUGGCCAGCUUUGUCUCCUCGACUCCCGAGAUCUCUACCACCCUGUGAGCUCAGUCCAGUGCUCCGUGUCCACGCCUAGCCUUGACCCAGAGCUGCUGCGAGUGACUUGGGCCCCAGUCCUGGACAACUGCUUAGCCAUUUCAGGUUUUGAUGGAACAGUGCAGGUCUAUGAUGUCACAUCUUGGGAUCGAGUGGAGAGCCAAGUAGAACCUCUCUUCAUUCACAGAGGUCACAUCUUUCUCAAUGCAAAUGAGCAGGACACUAUUCCACUGGUGACCACCCACAUCUGGCACCCCUGCAAAGCCAGGACUUUGUUGUCAGCAGCAGAUGAUGCUUCUCUGCAUGUGUGGGACUGGGUGGAGCUCAGGGGCUCCUGCUAA